AUGAUAUAGUUUUAGUCAGUUUACGUCUAGAUCAGCAUCGUGUUGAGAAUUAUAUAUAUACAUCUAGUUGAAGAGAGUGUUUAAUCUUUUAGAAUGGCAGUAACGGUGGGAAUAACUGUUUUAACAGCCCUGAUUUGUAUAGCGAGAUGUCAACAAGACACCGCAUCUGUUCCUAAUUUCUUCCCAGCAACAGACCAAGCUCAGGUGCCACCAGCCCAGGGACCGGGUGGUGCUGAUGUAGCCCCAGUACAAGAUCCCAACCAAGGGCAACAGCCUUCUCUACCUCCAGUUUCUAAUCAACCACAGGUACCACAGGUACCAGCAGUCGAUGGUCAAACACCACAAACUAAUCAAGGACCAGCUGUACCAUUUCCUGGACAAGUUCCUCCGCAGAUUCCUGGACAAAUUCCACAGCAACCAUUUCAAGGAGCUCCUUUCCCUGGUCGUAUCCCUCAAAACUUUUAUCCUUACCAACAACAACCAGGUCCCAUGCCUUCUUUCCAAAACACAUUUGCCGCUGAUCCAUUCCAACAAAAUCCCUUUCCCUUCCAACAGACCCCUUUCCCACAAGGACCAAACCCACUUUUACAAGGUCAAAUGCAGCAAGACUCCUCCCAGUUUUCUAAAUUCCUCUUCUGUCAGGUUGCUAAUGGUACCAUGCCUGAUUGGACUGAUAUCACCUGUAAUAAAUACUGGUCAUGUUUGAACUUUAACCUUUCCUUACUAACCUGUCCUGCUGACCAAGCCUAUGAUUAUCCCAGUAGAGCAUGUGCAACCACUGCUAACGUGAAGUGUCAGGAACAGAACGUCAACUUCUGGCAACUGUUACAGGCUACUAUUAGAGGUGGAGCUCAACCUAUGCCUUCCUUUACGCCAUUAAGCAGUUUACCUGGUGACCGGCAAUCUGUGUCUCUAGAAACUGAUGUCUGCACAAAACUCGGUGCCAACUUGCCUCGUCUUGAAUCAGUGACCAACAGCGCCCUCUUAAAUCUAUCCAACUGUCCAUUCAACAAUUGUAAUAUGACCUUGAUCACCUUCGUCUGUCCUUAAACUCGUAAUUCAAACCUGGUUACAGUCAAUCAUCAUAUCAGCAUCUGUAUCAUGACGUCAUCAAACUAACUUGUUACUUCAACCAUCUAUAACUUAAACCAAACAAUGCAUGCACCCUUGUAUCUUCCGUCAUCAAAACAAUUAUAGCGGAAAUUAAACGCUGGAAGCUUCUUUUCGUGAUAUUGCCAUAAACAACUCUUGUCUGAAAAUGUAGAACUUAGAAUUUUAACACUUAAGUUUUUGUUUUGGUAAUUAUUAUGUACUGUACACCCCCACCCCCUCGCUGUUACUAUUUGCCAUGUACGUUUACUUAUUCGGCAGUGAAUUAAUACUUUUAUAGUAUCAGUGGCCAGGCAGGGUAAGCUUACUCUUCCGGACACCUGUUACCACUGUUUGUCGUGUAUUUUUUACACGGUGAACAGUCCAUAUGCUGAUUACACUAUUUUGCCUUAUUACACUAUUUUGCCUAUACCCUUUUUUUAGGACUUCGAAUUUUGUCUAAUGGUUUGGAUUGUUCGUACUUGGUUUUAUUUUAUUGUCAUAUACAGACAAUCUUUCUUGCUUAACAUUUCAUAAAUUGUUAUUGAAGAGGGAAAUUAGAGUUAUAAAACAGAAAAAUCCAGGGGAGUGUAAGUAAACAAACCGCCAGUCAACAGCUCACACUAAUUUCUAUAUUCAACAGAUUGUUAUAAGAAUGAAUCAAUUAAUGAAUGAAUGAAAUGUAUGUUUGUGUUCCCUUCCCUUUAAUCCACACCCCCUUACCCUUGUAGCAUGCUAUCACUCCUAACAUUUUCCUCAUCAUCAUGCGAUCUACCUACAAUUUGUUUUCUCAGAAACUUCAAUAAAUUUUGAGUCACCUUUCUCAAGGUCCAUUACUCAUAACUUACUUUAAAUCUACUUGUUGGUGAAUAUUUAGCUGUAAAUGUUAAUUGUUCAGUUCAUGUCCUGUAUUAUUCAACUAUUUCCUGUAAAAUAGCUUUUCUCGCUUAUAUCAUAUAUUAUAUAAAAUAACAUCUAUAUAUAAUAGUGAGUUCCUUGUGUGCCAACAAAGGAUAGUUUUCUACAUUUGAACAGUUCUCGUUCUUGAAUAGAAAAGGAUUCUAUCAUAAUAACAUUUAUUGAUUAGCUAUUUAUUGAUUAGCUAUUUAUUGAUUUGCUAUUUAUUGAUUAGCUAUUUGUUGAUUAGCGAUUUAUUGAUUAGCUACUUGUUGAUUAGUUAUUUAUUGAUUAGCUGUUUAUUGAUUUGCUAAUUAUUAAUAAGCUGUUUAUUGAUUAGCUGGUUAUUGAUUAGCUAUUUAAUAAUUAGCUUUUUAUUUGUAUUCCCUGGCUAUUCCUUUCCACUGUUAUCAAUUAAUCCACGUCGCGUCUUCGUGUUGAAUGUCGUUACUAUCAAUGAUCCCUAUCCCUUCACCCGCCUUCUCUGUCAGCUUUCAACCAAUCAUACCCCCACCCUCCCCCUCUUAGACAGAUGAUAUAACCAAAGUGUAAAAUUCUAAAUUUGUCCUUAUUAACAUCCCUAAAAACCUUCAUGUUAUAAUCAUAUUCGCCCUUUAUUCAUCUAGAUAUAAAUUUCCAACUUGUGUAACUGUGUGUAAAGAUUUGAUUAUCCAGAACAUCACCAUAUCAUAAUUUCAUAAAAUAAUGUAUAUUAUUCUUUUCUCGGCAGUUUUCAUUUUAUAACAAAAUGUUUAAUUGGACUAGAAAUGAUAUUGAUUACCUUACAGCAAACUAAUUAAUACCGUGAACUGAUACUGAUUACCUUACAGCAGACUAAUUAAUACCGUGAAAUGUUCCAGUGGUAAUUGAGGACAGCUAUCUUCAGAUGCACUCAUGUUAAAUCUUUGAAAGUCUGGUUGGUCUAGAAAUGAUACUGACUAUCCUACAGGAUCCAAAUCAGUACCGGGAACAACUUCAUUCCCGAGAUCACUCGGCAAACCUCGGCAGACCCCAGUACACUACAUCUAGCCCCGACUGUAUGAUGAAGUCUGCCAUUGGAACCACUUUCAAAGUUUCCGGUUUGCCGAGUGUCUCGAGAUGUUCUUGUGGUAAUGACAGACAUCUGUCUUCAGAUGCAAUCUUUUUAGAUCGUUUGAUUAUUGACCCGGCAUCUACGGUAUAUUAGUAUGUUCUAUGUGUACAUGUAUUGGAUAGUUGACUAUGAUAUAUUAAUACAUGCAUAAUAAUAUAAUGUCCAUAUUGGUCCGACAUCUCCGGUAUAUUAGUAUGACAUUUUAGUACAUGUAUUGGAUAGUUGACUAUUCUAACGUAUAUUAGUAUGAUAUAUUAGUACAUGUAUUGGAUAGUUGACUAUGAUCUAUAAUAUAUUGUCCAUAUUGGUCCGACAUCUCCGGUAUAUUAGUAUGUUCUAUUAAUACAUGUAUUGGAUAGUUGACUAUGAUAUAUUAAUAUAUGUAUAAUAAACUGUCCAUAUUGGUGUUUGUAUUGUGUGUAUGAUUGUUGUUUAAAAAGAAAGUAAAAUAAAAAACACUGACAUAAA